GGCAAAGUCUACAAUAACAGCUUCAACUUAGCUAUUUCUGUAGAAAAGUUACUAAAACACCCUUUGCAGUCCCUGCUUGUACGUGACAGGAUAAAGGCAAUUUCAUAUUCUGAAAAGUCUGCUCCUUCUCAUUUGUUCCUGGGAAUCUUACUCCGUGGAGACAGCUUUGCAGGCUAAGGUACCUGCCAAGAUGCUCUACUUGCAGGGUCCACAGAAGCUGCUGAUGCUAGAAAAAUCCCUGAGGAAGAGCCUCCCAGAGUCCUUAAAGGUUUAUGGGACCGUCUUCCAUAUGAACCAGGGAAACCCGUUCAGGCUAAAGGCCCUCGUGGACAAGUGGCCUGAUUUUAAUACAGUGGUUAUCCGCCCUCAGGAACAGGAGAUGAAAGAUGACCUUGAUCACUACACCAACACUUACCAAGUCUACGCCAAAGACCCCAAGAAAUGUCAGGAAUUCCUUGGCUCACCAGAAGUCAUCAACUGGAAGCAACAUUUGCAGAUUCAAAAUGGACGUGGACUGGAUAAUGUAAAGAAGUCACAGCGUUCUCUAGGGCAGAAAGAGAAGGCAAGCCUCUUACUGAUUAGUACACAGUCCAGCCUGGAUUAUGUGAUAAAAAAUCUUGCAGCUGUUCAACUCGGCAAGGUGAAGCUAACACAAUGCAAUCUCUAUGUAGUCUCUGAGACAACAAAGAAAUUGGUUUCUUCUGUGAUGGAUGGAAAGAGUUUAUCCUCCAAUGGUGACAAAUACAAGCUCAUCCAUCAAAAGAUGCUGAAACCCUCAUCCCUGGAUCCUACCCACGCUGUCUGGGUGAAUAAAUUCUGGUCUUUUGGUGGCAAUGAGAGGAGCCAGCGAUUCAUCGAGCACUGUAUCCAGACCUUCCCCAGCUUCUGCCUGCUGGGGCCCCAGGGGACCCCUGUGUCCUGGGUCCUGAUGGACCAGACAGGAGAGAUGAGGAUGGCGGGCACCUUGCCUGAGUACCGGGGCCAGGGCCUCAUCACCUAUGUCAGCUGUGCUCAUCUCCAGGGUCUGGACAAACUUGGCUUCCCCCUGUAUUCCCAUGUAGAUAGAGCCAAUUACAUCGUGCAAAAAGUGUGCUUCAACCUACAGGCUAUCCGUAUGCCUUGUGACUGGAACCAGUGGAACUUUGUGCCUCUGUGAAGCAACCCCGAACCCAAGACAGUGUGGGUUGGACGGGGCAUGUGGCUGGAGGAGCAGAUGAGUGGAUGGAGAGAAAGAAUAAACUGGAAUCAGUGAUAAUGAAGUGGUCCGAGGUCUGAGGAAGUAGUGAUGGGUGGUAAACAGGACAACCUCAGUCUGUGUUCUCGGAUACCUCUCCAUCCCCUUAGCUUCCUCAGUUUGAAACAGACCAGGCUCUCCUGCUGUCUGGCUGGUGUAGCUCCCACACCUCCAGGUGCUCCAUGCCCCUUGUCGUGCUUUAUAAUUAGCUGCAUGCUCUUCUACAUUGUUCUUCCUGGAACCCCUAGCUCACUGACCCUUUCCAAUUUGCCAGAAGGGUUGUAAUAUUUUGUGCAUUCUACCAUUUUUCCCUCUGGCUUUCUAUAGCUUUUUGAAAAAUUGAUUGGAGAGUGAGUUGUCUUCUGAGUAGGUCUUUACAAGAUCCUCCCUUCCCAGGUCACUUCUUAAGCUUUGUAUUAUAAUCACAUGAGCUAUAUUAUACACAUGCACACACUAUAUCUAAGAUAGAUAGAUAGAUAGAUAGAUAGAUAGAUAGAUAGAUAGAUAGAUAGAUAGAUAGAUAGAUAGAUAAUCUCAGAGAGAAUUAGAAGAAAAAGACUGACUGUUGUUAAUAUCUUAUUUUGCAACUCCUACCCCAGGAAAGAGGUACUAACGUUGUUUCUGUUGACUGAAAUAAAAAUGCACCAGGUGA